AUGCUGCGUUGUGUGAAGCGGAAAUCAAGUAAGAGUAGGACAGUGGUGACCGGUAGUUCAAAUGAAAGAGGCUGUUCCACAUUACCACGUAUGUUUCAUCGGUCGGAUAGUGAGGAAGAUAUUUCAGAAAAGCCGUCAUCUUCAUCUUCCAACAGGUUAACAAGAUGGACAAUGGAAAAGAAAUCCGCUACACUAACAGCUGGCUCCACAUUAUCUUCUGGAAAUGAGACAAAAUCAAAAAGCAAACCUUUCACAUUUCUGCGUACAUUAUCUUUGGGUUCAUUAUUUUCUCCCUCAAGAAAACGUCGAAAAGAUGAUUCAACUACCGCUUAUUCUUCAGGUUUAAUGUCACCUGAUGUAGAGUUACAAACAUUAUCAAAUGAGUCACAGACUAAUAUUCAACAGAGACAAAAUGAAACUGAUGUUAGUCCAUCAGAAGGAUCCCUAACACCAACGGCUGAUGAAACCUAUAGACCUCAGUUUUGUAAGCAAGAGUUAUACUUAGAGAAAUUAACAAGAGAUGCCUAUAACUAUCCAAGAGACGAGACAAAUAAAACUCCAACAGAUGAAAACCCACAUAUUGUAUCUGAGGGAAAACAUUUGAAAAGAUAUCCAGAUGAUCAGCACGAUUCAGGUAGAAGUUCAACCAGAGAAUCAGCAGAUGUUUCUGUAGCAUCCGAAGGACCAAAAAAGAAACCAGUCAUAAAUGGUUUGCCUAUUGAACUUGAAACGAAGGCAGCACCACCUGAUAAACAUUGGCAAGUCUUACCUAAUUCAAAACAGGGUGAUAUUAAUCAAAGUUUUCUACGAGCAGCUAGGGCAGGAAAUUUGGAGAAAUUACGUGAAUUACUCAACAAAAUAACAGACAUCAACAUCUCGAAUACUAACGGACUGAAUGCGCUACACUUAGCGUGUAAAGAAGGCCGAACUGACGUUGUAAAGGAAUUAUUAUCACAUGGCGCGUCAGUUUAUAUGAUCACAAGAAAAGGCAACUCUGCUUUACAUAUUGCUAGCCUUGCAGGACAUCUAGAGAUCGUAAAAUUGUUAGUUGACCAUGGGGCUGAUAUAAAUGCGCAGUCUCAAAACGGAUUUACACCUCUUUACAUGUCGGCUCAAGAAAACCAUGUUGAAGUUGUUCAGUACCUUCUAGACAAAUCUGCUAAUCAGUCUUUAUCAACGGAGGAUGGUUUCACACCACUUGCAGUGGCACUACAGCAAGGACAUGAUCGUGUUAUAAGUCUGCUACUGGAAAGGGAUUCUCGCGGAAAAAGUCGCUUACCCGCACUACAUAUUGCUGCGAAGAAAGAUGAUGUUCAUGCUGCUAAAUUGUUACUCAAUAACAGCGAAAUAAAUGUGGAUCACACAUCGGCUAGUGGAUUUACGCCUUUACACAUUGCCGCUCACUAUGGGAAUGUUAAUAUAGCUAAGUUGUUGAUUGAGAAAGGAGCAAAUAUUAAUUACCAGGCAAAAAAUUGUAUAACACCGUUACAUGUAGCUGCUAAAUGGGGAAAGAACGAAGUUCUAAGCGAAUUGAUACUAGCAGGAGCUGAAGUAAAUAGUCGUACGCGAGAUGGACUAACACCUUUACACUGUGCAUCUCGUGCGGGUCAAACUGCUACGGUGGAAUAUUUAUUGAAAAAUGGAGCUGAUCACACUUUGAAAACAAAGAAUGACUUGACGCCAUUGCAUUUAGCUGCACAAGGUGCUAAUGAAAGUGUUGUACGAUUACUAUUGCGGAAUGGUUCUAAUCCGGAUGAUGUGACCAUUGAUUAUCUCACCCCUCUACAUGUUGCAGCCCAUUGCGGUAACGUGGACGUGGCUCGUGCUUUAUUGAAUUCCCAUUGUAAUGUUAAUGCAAGAGCACUGAAUGGGUUUACUGCACUUCAUAUCGCAUGCAAAAAGUCACGAGUUGAAAUGGCUUCAGUUCUUCUUAAAUAUGGCGCUCUACUUGAAGCAGCCACGGAGACUGGUCUCACUCCAUUACAUGUGGCUGCAUUUUUUGGAUGUACAGACAUUGUCUUAUUUCUUUUACAACAUGGUACGAAUGUGAAUCAAACAACUUUGCGUAAUGAAACUGCACUACAUUUAGCGGUUAGAAAUAAACAACUGGAGACAGUGAAAACUCUUCUUGGUUACCAGGCAAAUUUAGAUUACCGUACAAGAGAUAAUCAAACACCCUUACAUGUCGCUGUCCGUACAAACUAUCUGCCAAUUGUUGAAUUGUUAUUGAAUGCUGGCUCUGAUCCUAAUAUAAUGACAAAAGAUAAUUAUACACCAUUACACAUGGCUAUUAAAGAAGACUCAGAAGAUAUUGUUAGAAUAUUGAUUGAGCACGAUGCUAAUCCGGAAGUUAAAACAAAGAAAGGAUUUACACCCUUACACUUAGCAGCAAAAUAUGGUUCAUGCAAAACAGCUCACUUGUUAAUGGACAGAGCAAAGUCUGAUCCGAACACAACUGGUCCCAAUGGCUUCACGCCUGUACAUGUGGCUACAUAUUACAAUAAUAACAAAAUGUUGGAUAAAUUGAUAGAAUUUGGAGGUGAUGUCAAUCGACCUGUUAAGAAUGGCUUUACACCACUUCAUCUGGCAGCCAAACGAAAUCAUCUAGAUUCAAUCCAUUUAUUAGCAUCUAAAGGAGCCGUAACUGAUAAGGGUUCAAGGAACGGUUAUACACCACUUCAUUUAGCUUCACAAGAUGGUCAAAUUGAAAUAGUUAAAGUUCUUGUUGAAAAAUACAAAGCUCAAGUGAAUACUGCAGCCAAGGACGGUUUAACACCACUACAUUUGGCGGUACAGGAAGACAAAGCUAACGUAGCCGAAUAUUUAUUAAGUUCAGGCGCAUCCAUUGAUACGAAGACACUGAAAGCUGGGUUUACACCGCUACAUUCAUCUGCUUAUAGGGGACAGCUCGCCUCUGUUCGUCUACUUCUAUCAUGUGUCCCUGAACAUCAACUUCAGCAAGUUAUAAACAGUCGCACUCAUAUGGGUUCAACUCCACUGCAUUUGGCAGCCCAACAAGGUCAUCUACAAGUAGCUCUAAAACUUAUUCAAAUGGGAGCUGAUCCAAACAUUUGUAAUAAGCAAGGAUGGACAGCAGCAAAAUUAGCUCAUAAGCAACAUUAUUUGAACUUGUUCGAAUUGUUGCAAUCAGUUACAACUAAUGACGGUGACGGAGGUUUACCUAGUUCAAAUGGAAUAGAUGAUAAUGUAAAUCUAAUCCACGGUGUAAUGCCCUUAGAAAAAGCGGAAUAUAUGACUGAUCAUAUGAUCUCAGAUAGUGAAGAUGAAGCCGACUUUUUAUCUACACCAGCAAUGUUUCGAUAUCCUGAACAACGUAAAGAAACGUUAGAUGAACCAGAUAACGAUAUAACAUCAAUUCCAAGUACACCAACUUUGGAUAAUAAACUCAUAUCAGUCCGCCCAACAACACUGCGUAUUCCUGAAUAUUUAACUGCCUUAGGAGGUGAAACUCUUUGCUCUGGUCUUCAUGAAAGUAUGACAGAAGAACGCGUGAAACCAAUGCUCAAUGGAAAAGGUGAAACAGCUACAGCUUCACAACAGCCAGUUCAGAUGACAAUUAAUGCAUCUUCACCUGCCGCUCUAUCAGAAUGGGAUUUCGAUGUAGAUAAUGUGCAUUCGACGAAGAAUUUAGUUAAGUCGGGGUUUCUUAUCUCUUUUAUCAUCGAUGCUCGAGGUGGCCUAGUCGAAGCUCAAAGACGACCUGGUUUACGAUUUCUUGUACCACCUAAUGCACCAUCUGGACCACUACGUAUAAUUUGUCGUUUACUCCGCCCAGAAGCGAUUGACAAUCCACCAAUUUUUAAUGACGGUGAUUGCUUAGCCUGUCGGAUUAUUGAAAUGAAUCCAAACCAGAUGCGCUUCAGUUUACCUAUACUUGUUGAGGUGCCUCAUAUAGCAUCUAUUAAAGGAAGAGAACGUGAAAUUAUAAUUGUUAGAAGUGAAACGGGAAAUUCAUGGAAAGAACACACAUUAGAAGCAAAUGAGCAGGCGAUAAAUGAUUCGUUGGGUGAUGCAUUUGAUCAUUCUGACUUGAAUACUUCAAGUCUUAACAAACGCAUUCAUCGAAUUUUGACCUACGACCUUCCACAAUAUUUCGCGUUAAUUUCGAGAUUUCGUCAAGAGGUUGCUUUCAUUGGUUCAGAUGGUGGAAUUAUUAGCUCCACCGUAGCACCACAAGUCCAAGCUGUGUUUCCUCCAGGAUCACUUCAAAAAGAAUUAAAGUUGGCUUGCAAGCCCAAAUUAUUCCUAAUGAUGUCAUCAACCGUUUAG